AUGGCGGCGUCUCCGUUCCUACUGCGCAAGCGCGGCCUAGAGCGCAGGCGCAGAGGCUGGCAAGGCGCGCAGCCGCGGGCCCCCGCACCCAAUUUCCAGGUGGGAAAUACAGGGAUCCCCAGGGCCUGGGGGCAGGGCACACGGAAGGGCUCGGGACCCCCCGAAGGAGACGUCCCGGGGAUCCCUGGCCUCAGUUUCCGGGGGCGGAGGUCACCGCGAUCCAGCCACGACAUGGCCACCGCCUUCCUAAGGACAGUGCUUUCUGCCGUAGGGCCCCUGUUGCACCUGGGCGGUCGCCCGCUCUCCACGUUCGCAGCCGGACCCCCGCGCGCCGCCCUUGCAGUCGGUGCGCAGCCCAGCCCCGCGGCCGCCCUCCUCUCUGCGCGCCCGCUGCUGGGCCCGCAGCCGGCCCUGGGCUUCAAGACCAAGGGCGUCCUCAAGAAGCGCUGCAGGGACUGCUACCUCGUGAAGAGACGCGGACGGUGGUUUAUCUACUGCAAGACCAACCCGAAGCACAAGCAGAGACAGAUGUAGCCGAGGCCUGGGAAACACGUGCACGUGGGAGAUGGUGUUGCCGCAUCGAAAGGAAAGUCAAAGGGAAACACGUCUCGGAACCGCUGGCCUUUGGGUUUCGGACUCUGGCUGGUGUCUCAUCGCCUUGUAGCUCCAGAUCCAGCCGACCUAGAGCCCCACCUGGGAACGGCUCCUUCUCACCUCCUUGCAAUUUCGUUUGCGCCUGAGCAGACGGGGACAGAACACGGGUGAAGGGGAAGCUGGCUUUAUGCCACCACAGAACGGUGCGGAUAGCUCCCUGUCCCUGUGCUCAGCCCACCUAAGGUGCCCAUCUGGGUUCAGACUCGGGUUCUCAACAUUCCCGAGGGGAUGAGCAGGGAAGGCCUACAUAGCAAUCUUUAAGUCCAGGGAAAUUUAACUUGUUUAUACAUAUAUAAAGGUGUCUUGGAUAUCGAU